AUGCUGUUUAUGUUUAAAACUGGGCGAACGAUGUUUAAGGAGACGUCGACAUUCUAUUAUGUACGAAUUGUCACUGCGACAUUAGUACUACUAACAUACACUUCUUACCUGGCUUUUUUGGCAUACCAAAUCUGGACUGAUAUCCCAGUAAUACAACCUGCUCAUGAAUUCUUAUCAACAAUGGAUGCACCAGAUAUUGAGAUAUGUGGAUGGAACAGUGAUGUUGAAAUUGUUCGAUGUGAUUUUACAUGGCGAAAUUGGACAAUCUCACAAUAUAAAAAUUGCAUGACGCCAGAUGGAUUUCAAUAUGUAUACCCGGGACCUCGCCCAGAUCCAAGUAUUUUCUGUUACUUGUUCACAACAAAUUAUACCGCGUUGUUUGGGAUGGAUGAUGUUCCGGAUACGCUUGUAAAUAUCGAUUUUUAUUAUAAAAUUACGAAUCUUACAUCAGCGAUUAAAGCUUCUGUUUCGGUGGCCACUAUAGCGAUGCAAUUAUUCUCGCCUGAUUUUAAUCCUCUUUGGAAUAAAUCGAUACCAACAACAACAAUGGAGAAAUUUAUUGAUGCCGAUUUCAGACUGCAGGGUAAUAAUUUUGCUGGAAUUCAAAAUUACUCGACAAAUGUGAAAUAUCGUAAAGUAACAUAUCGAAUAAUAUCCAAACACGAUUUUAAGGGUCUUCUUGGACUCGUACCAAAAUAUGAUAACACUUCAAUUUUUGUGGCUUCGACUACGUAUUAUCCACUACAUGGAAAUAACUCGAAUUUCACAGAAAACACGGACACCGGGCAUUUUAGUGUGGCGGUAGGAAGCUUUGUGCAUGAAUUGAAAUCAGAGAAAAGAUCACACACUGUUCUUGGUUCUUUAGGCGUCGCCGGUGGCGGUUUUGGAUUGAUCUGUGGAAUUUACAUACUUUUAUUCGGGGAACCUAAAACUAAACCUUGGGGACUAAUGCACCGAAUGAUGAAAUCGGAAAUUGCAAAAGUCGGUGACCCCGAGAAUACUCCAUUAGUUACACCAGUAUAUAGUAGAAACGUAGCUCAUUUAACACACGAAGAGCGUACAACACGUCUCGAAGACCGAAUAUACGACUUAGAAUCGUUACUCACAGACUAUUUUCUAGACGCGAGUCCACUACGAAGAGCACACAAAAGGGAUAUGGGUGAAAAUCUUGCUGUGGCACAAGCGCUCAAAAAACAUUAUCCUGAAAAAUUCAAAGUUGUUGUCUAUGAACGCGAUAAAGAACCUCGAUGUUGCACGUUGGCAAGGAUAUCAUGUAACUUUGAUUCCACAAGCAUCAAGAAGCUUGAUCUCUGCAAUCCUCAGAAUUUAUUAUCACGACUAAAUCGAGUUAUGACCAACAUUGACCCUCGAGGGAAAUUCUCUGUGUUUUAUCGAAGAACAUGGCAAAAUUUUAGUGGAAAUGGAAGCGCAACAAAUAAACUUCGUGAAACGUUGUUAGAAGGUAUAGAAAUUCAUUGGGAAAACGGUGUUGUGGGUACGAAGAAACAGAUAAUGUCUAAUCCUGAACCACGGUUCAGAAUGACACUUUCAUACUCUUCACUUCCACACUAUUUUGAUGUCUCUGGUCCAGAUAAAAGUCCCAGUGAUCUGGUUACUUCCCGAAUUAAAAAGGAACCUCCCAGUGAAUUAAACUCGAUUCUUCUUGAAUUAUGGUCCCUCGUACUACGGCGCCCGAUCCAAAGAAUGGAAAUUGUCAAAGAUUACUUUACUUGGGGAUGCUAUUCAUACUAUGAAUGGAUACCUCGGGCUUGUCUGAAUCACGCAAUUAUUGACACGAAUGCUCUCGUAUAUGCUCUUUCUCAUUUCGAUGACGAAGGAUGGGAAAGUUGCGUUGCGAAAUAUGAAAAAGAAAUGAGACCACGAACUUAUCCGGCUAUCAAUAUGCGUUGGCCGGGAAUCGAACCCGGGACGCGUGCUUGGAAGGCAUGCAUGCUAACCACUACACCACCAACGCCUAUGCCUGCAUAUUUAUAG